AUGCGUUUCUCAAAGCACGUCCUCCCUCUUGCUAUGCUCCUCACCGGAGUCAUCGCUGCAAAGGAAGAGGAGUCUACCACCGCUGCUGAGAAGGCCAAGGCCACCGAUGACAAGCCUUCCGAGACCACCACCGAUGAGUCCAACACUGCAGACGCGACAGAUGAGGCCACUGCCACCGCCACUGCCACUGGAAAGAACGGCAAGGACCCCAAGAGCGACAAAUCCGAGACUGACACCGAGUCCAACACAAGAGAGAAACAGGCCGCUUCCAAGACGGCGACCGAGAAGGGUAACGGACCUACAAUCACUUGGGAUCCUCCUGCUCCCAAGACUACCGUUCCUGAUAUCAAUGCCGGCGCUCCUUCGCCUAUGACUCCUGGUGUUGUAGUUCUAUCACUGGUUCUUGGUAUUACAUCUAUCGGCAUGGCACUCCUAUAA